AUGGUGAAGGCGCUGUUCCUGGGGCUGUUAGCUGCAAUGAUGUGUGGUUUCGCCUGCGCCGCUCCCGCACCUCAACCAGAGCUCCCCAGCCGCCGAGAGGAAACUACGCCGCCCCCACAGCCCCCUCUAGAGGAUCCAGCGGCACGCAGCGAACGCAGCACCAACCUCUCCCACGUCACCGGCACUGCUCGCAAGAUACAAAUGUUCAUUAAAAAUCGCCACCUGCAGCUGCUCCCCGACGGCACCGUUAACGGCACCACCGAUGACACCAGUGCUUACACUAUUUUACAAAGGACUACAGUCGGCAUUGGACAAAUGAAAAUUCAAGGAGUAGCUACUUGUCAGUAUUUAUGCAUGGAUAGCUGCGGAUUGCUCUACGGAUCGAGAGAAUUCGGAGAUGAAUGCAUAUUCAACGAGACCAUUGAGCAACACCAUUACAAUACAUAUUCGUCUACUAAAUACUCCAACGAAAGGAGAACCUUGUACCUGGCUUUAAAUCGGCGAGGACAGCCGCGAAAGGUCCAACUUCGUGCGCGCCAACAACUGGGAAGACUUUCUUCAUAUACACGAGUGUUAACCCGUACCGUGGCUCCAGAACGAGCAGAAGAUUUGCAUCCGCUACGACACCACACUCACAUGUGCUCGUCUACACCGACGACCAUAGAAUCGAAUGGGCGCUUACCCACCCCCACGGCUGAUCGACCGAUCGACCCUCCGCGCUGUCGGAAACGAAGAAAGCGGAAGAAGAAAAAGCGAAAAUGCCCCCCAGAUGGUGAAAGCGAGACCGAACUGUGCCACAAAAGACAUAAUACGUCGAAUCAUCGAAAACUCCAACCAAACAGGUUAGUGAAGAAGUGUGAAAAUGAAGACAGUGACGAGUGCCAAAGAGAUGUGACUGUUAAUAAAAAGAAACAAAAAAAUAGUGAUAGAUUUUUAUCGAACGGCCCCAAAAAGAAGAAAAACGCUAAAAAAGGUGCUAAAAAAAGACACCCGGUGCCUGUGAUCACGAGCACUGAAGUCGCGACGACCGCGACGGAUGACGUAACACACGAUGAAGAUUAUGGCUUGGAUUCCACGACCCAUUGGGACUGGGACGACUCCACGGCUGUUCCGGACGUCUCUAUGUCCAUUUCCAUGUCCAUGCCGGGCACUCAAACUUCUGCCCAACCCGACUGACUCACUUCGGCGACCUCCAGCGCCCCUUUUCCCUACCCUCUUUAUUUAUUUGUAAUAUUUAUUGUAUGUUGAACAUUGUACAUAAUUAUAUAAAUAAGUGAAAUAUACCUCGCUAUAAAUUUCCGAGUUUUUUUUUAUGUAAGUCUCAUCUUCGUUAGCGAAACCUCUCAUUUACUCGUGAUACUGUUGUAGUUUUAGUGAGUCUGUAUAGCGCAUUUUCAUUAAUAAUAAUUCGAAUAAAAAGCAUGUGCUUUUUGUUGUAACAACAUCAUACUGUUUUCAUCACUCAGCCUUGUCCCAACUUAAUACGAAAUAACAAAGAUCAACCAUUUUCUCUGUUAAUUCCAAAAUCUUUUUUUUUAUUAUCGUUAUUUUAAAAUUUAUAUUUAUCACUGUAAUUUGUAGUGGUGUAUAAUUUUCAAUUAAUACUCAAUUUCACUCAACUCAUUUAUCUAUAUUCCAGUGAUGACUUCAUGUAACUAGUGAUAUGGUAACAAUAACUACAAAUCUAGUCGAAAAUUGCAUUAAUUGAAAAACAUACACUCGAAAGUCGAACUGUAUCCACUAAGAAUACCAGAGUAAAACCGUUUAAGUGAACGCACAAAAUUCACCUAGCGAAAUCCUAACUUUGUUGUUUUCUUUAAGAUACAGUUCUUACUUACGAUACGUGUGCCACUUUUGUUAUAAUUUUUGUAAAUCAAACAAAGGUUGCACUCAAAUAACAUGACCAUCGAUGUAUAAUUUUUAAUCAAAAAAUGAUCGAUUAACAACCCUAUUUAAACAUCAGUAUUAUUUAGUGCUUGUAGUAACAUAUAUUGUAAAUUGUAGUACCUACAAUAAAAUACUGAAAGUAAAA